UCGAAUCCGAGUUUCACCGGAGAAUUCAACUGCUAAUUAUGGCUCUUAUAAAACAAGCUUGAACGUUCUUAUGGGUUCCUUCUGUCAUCUUGCUUCAGCCAAUAAAGGUUUUGCUCUAGGUUCUCUGGGUCAGAACAACCAAGACCGACCAUAUGGGCUCGUUCUUUGUAGAGGAGAUAUCUCAUCCUCAGCUUGCAGAAUCUGUGUUGCUAAUGCAACUCGGGAGAUCCGCAAGCGCUGCCCAAAUAGCAAAGCUGCAAUUUUAGCGUAUGAUAACUGUCUAUUGAAGUAUGCAAACAAGGACUUCUUCGGCCAGAUUGAUAACGGAAGCAAGAUAUAUAUGUGGAACGUGGAAAAUGUGAGCAAUCCAGUGGUAUUUAAUCAGAAGACUGAGGAAUUGUUAAGCCAACUAGCAAAUAAGGCGUCUUAUAAUAGUACAAAAAAGUACUAUGCUGCAGGAGAGAUGGACCUUGAGGGAUCGAAGAAACUAUAUGGAAUGGCUCAGUGCACAAGGGAUCUUUCUAGUGUUGAUUGUAAGAAGUGUCUUGAUGGUGCUAUAGGUGAACUUCAAAGUCUUGCCUAUGGAAAAGAAGGGGGUAGGGUUAUUGGUGGGAGUUGUAUGCUUGAGCAGUUGGCAAAUUCAAAGUUAUACAAGGUCAGCCUUUCCUAA